AUGAAUUUACUGGAGAAAUUUGACAACAAAAUGAUUUUUGUGGAGAGCAUAGACAGCGACAUGGUUUUUCUGGACAACGUUGACAACACUGCGGAUUUACUGGAGAAUAUGGGUCGUCUGGAAGAAAAUUUGUGGGAAGCCAAGACAAGUUACUUUCGGCACUUUGAUCUCAACUUUCCAACUCCUGUUCAGUACAAUUUGCCUCCCUAUCGCAUGUGCUUUCCUAGUCAACCUCAUAAUUUUCAAGCCGAAUUGUAUGGACCGACUCGACAACAUCGAACUGCGCAACAUGUUGAGGUCAUUGAUGAUGAUGUUGCUAUAAUCUCCCCCAACAUAUUUGAUCAAGCCAGGAAGAAAGCUAGGAGAAAUCCUGAUGCAGCAAGGGAAAACAUAAAUAUGGCCAACCAGGCAAGGAGUGUGCUCCAAUUCCCUGGAUUGUCCCAGCCUGUGCCAUCACCCCAAUCCCCUGGAUUUUCUGAGACUCUGCCACCACCCCAAUUGUCCGAGACUGUGUCACCACCAGGUGCACCUGCUUUUCGUUGCCCAAUUUGUAUGGACGAGUUGCAAGAAGCAACAUCAACAAAAUGUGGUCAUGUAUUCUGCAAGGAUUGCAUUCAAAAAGCACUAGCCGUCCAGAAGAAGUGUCCGACGUGCAGGAUGAAAUGCCGAGCGAAAUCCAUCUAUAGGAUCUUUCUUCCUGCUGAAAGGCACGAAAUGUCUGGCCUCCUCACGGCCGAUGCUGCCAAUAAAGAGCGGCCAGAAAAGCACCGCUAG